AUGGAUGAAGGACAAAGCAACUUAGGCGCUCUCAUUGUUACCAUAAUGUUCGCGGCAGCAUUUACUGUUCCAGGUGGUAGCAAUCAAGAUACAGGCUUGCCAAUCUUCAUGCAUGACAAACCAUUUAAGAUCUUCAUAAUAACUUAUUCGUUUUCGUUGUUUUCUUCCUCAACUUCAGUACUAAUGUUUUUAGGAAUCCUUACAUCGCGUGAUGCAGAAGAAGAUUUUCUUAUAUCCUUGCCUAAAAAGAUGAUAAUAGGUCUUUCUACCCUCUUCUUCUCUAUUGCAACUAUGAUGAUGGCCUUUUCUGCUGCUCUUUUACUUAUAUUGCGUGGAGAAUCAUGGAUUGUUGCUCCUAUCAUUGGUUUGGCCGGUAUUCCCAUAAUCUUAUUUGUAUUGAUGCAGUUUCACCUUCUUGUUGACAUUGUUGUUUCAACCUACGGACCAGGCAUCUUUGAUAAGAAAAUAAAACCUUGGUUUUAA